AUGACCGGCAUACAGGACCUUCCCAGUGAGCUGUUGCUCCAAAUAAUGGAGCAUUGUAGCUCAGACCUCCUAUCGCUUACAAAAGCCUACCCAACUGCGCUGAACACCUUCUCCGAAAAACGGAAAGCUUUCGUUGCCCGCAUGUCGGCGCGCUUCGGCGACCUAGCCCUUCCUUCGCUGGUGCGCGCAGCACGACUGCACCACAUAAGGCGACAACCAGACUUCGAGACCCUGCAUUUCAUAGCGAUUGAAGCAAAGAUAACGGAAGUAUGCAACCUUACCAAAGAUACUUCGUUCCAGAAAAGGCCCGACGCUACACUACCCGACUUGAACGGGUAUUCACUUUUGGCACUCUCCAUCAUGUGGGAGCUUGGGGAAGAUGCAAAGAGGAUCACUGAUAUGUAUUCGCAGCAAGCCUUGGCUGCGAUGGCUAGGGCUCCUGAUGAAGAGUUUUAUACUCCUCGACAGUCAGCAAAACUAACCCUAGAUGAACGCAAAAGUUUUAUGACUGCGGCGUUUAUCUUUGACAGUUACUGUCUGGCUUUCUUCCACGGGCCACGACUACUGUUUCGGAGGAAUGAACACUUUAGAGAGUCUUUUCUUCGCGGGGACCCUACCGCUAUCGGAAGAUUCUACUGCAUUAUGUUUUACAUAGUGCAGAAACAUCGGGAACUACUCGCAUUUGUUAUAGAGCAUAUGAAGGUCGUCCCUGGCAGGUCAUCGGCUCAUAAAGCUCGAUCCAUUGAAGAAGAGUACUUCUUAAGGAUGGCAGAAGACGAUUACGAAGGACCUGAAAUGGUCCUAAACUAUCUCCAGUUCCUUGCUUCCCAAGGCUUGAACAUGCUUACAACCCUUCAGAAAAUGAGCAUCGACGAGUUAACAAGCUUCACGCUAACGACCUUCCUACGCAUCGACAGCAGUGAUCGUCCCUUCGUUUUAAUAUCAAGACUGCAUGACCACAUGUCGUUAGGAACACAAGAAAUUGAUGGAUGGAUGCCAUGGGCGUACCUCGAUGUACUCCUUGACGACACAUGGAAAGAUCAUGAUGAAGAGGAGAUUUGGGAGGAUACUUGGAGUCGUGCUAUCCCAUUCUGGGACCCAACUGAAGGGGAAGAUCCAUAUUCGCCUUUCUAUUGGUUUCUUGAAAGACGUUCUCAAGCAGGGAAGACCACUGGGCCAUUGCACAAAGACGGGCUCUACAACUAA